CGAAACUAGAAAGUUUGAGUAUUGCAUCACCCAAUCAGAGCCUCGAUAUUUAUCACAAUAGCACCAAAUCCUCAGGAUAGAAUAUCGACAAGAAAUAAAGAAGGAAGAAAUAAGUUAAAACCAUGCGCCAUCCCGCUGCACCAACAAUAAUUGCCGUCCUUCUUGGCUUCCUGGCCUUUAUGAUUAUCUGGGGGAAGAUCAGGGGCGAUGGCCACCACGAAGGAAAUCCGCAUCCAGAGGAUAUACCGAGGAGAAAAGAGGAGGAAGAGAAAAACCACACCGAAGACAGUUAGUCUUAGGCGGGAGGAGCCUGUUGCUAUUGCUGCUGCCUUCGCAGCUUGUAUUUCUCUCGCCAGAUCAUACUCUCUCGGCCCUCGUUAGGUGCUUUUGAGAUCCGCGAGGGGCACGCUUCUCCUUAUCCUUGGUCCCA